GUGGCUACAUGUAGCAUGGUGUUUACUCGCCGAUAGGAAGCGUUUUCUCCCCUCUCACGGUCUUUAUGUCGUGUCGUGUCGGUGCAGACAGCAGUGGAGGAGAGCAGACGUGAUCUCCGGAAGAUGCAGUGAGAGACAGAGAGUUUGUUUGGUGGAAGUUUCCAGUUUUCGGACUCCGCUGAGCGACCGGAGAUGAGCUCCUCCCGGGAAAUCAGACUGUUACAGAAGGCCAAGAGCAAAGCCCAGGCCAGCAGCGACCUGAGGGAGGAGGCCAGCCUCUGCAACCAGCUGGGAGAGGUGCUGUCAAGAAGUGGAGACUAUGCGGCCGCCAUUCGGGAGCACCAGCAGGAGCUGUCCCUGUCCGAGGCGCUCAGCGACGUGAUCGGACGGGCGGUGGCGCACAGGAAGAUCGGAGAGUGCUACGCCGAGAUGGGAAACAUCGACGCGGCCUUGAAGCACCAGCACUGCCACCUGGACCUGGCCCGCUCCGUCAGGGACAGCGCCGAGGAGCAGCGGGCGCUGGCCACCAUCGGCCGCACCUACCUCUUCCGCUACGAGUCCGACCAGUCGGCCCGCAGCCUGGAGCAGGCGGGAGACGCCUUCAGGCAGAGCCUGGCCAUCGUGGACGAGCGACUGGAGGGGACCGUGCCGCAGCGGGAGAUCAGCGAGAUGAAGGCGCGCCUCUUCCUCAACCUGGGCCUGGUGUGUGAUCACCUGGGGGAGCCUCAGCGCUGCAGCGACUUCAUCCGGCGAAGCGUCUUCAUCGCAGAGAAGAGUCAGUUGCUGGAGGAUCUCUACCGCGCAAACUUCAACCUGGGAAACAUUUUCUUCAGAAACGGCCAGCAGUCGAGUGCCGUGCGCUGCCUGGAGCAGGCCAAGGAGUGCGCCCGCAAGACCAAGGACAAGUUCAGCGAGAGCGAGUGCUUCCACUGCAUUGGAAAGGUGCAGCUCUCUCUGGGGGAUUUCGCCGCCGCCCGCCGCUCUCUGAAGAAGGCUCUGCAGCUGGGCUCCCAGCAGCCUCUGGACAGACAGGCUGUGAAGAAGUCCUUCAAAUAUGCGGACCGGGGCUGGAAGCUGGAGGAGGAGCUGGAGCAGGACCGGAGCCCCCUCCAGGCCGUGGAGCUGUGGGAGCGGCUGGCCGACCUGUGCUGUAAGGUGGGCUGCUUCGGCAAGGCCCUGGAGGCGUACCGGGCUCAGCUGAAGGCGGCCGAGGCUCUGGGCCGGCCCGGCAGGGAGCUGGCCGUCAUCCACGUGUCGCUGGCGGCGACCCACGCCGACCUGAGGCAGCACCAGGACGCCGUGCAGCACUACAGGGAGGAGCUGGCCCUGAGGCAGGGCAGCCCCGCCGAGGACUGCAGCACGUGGCUGAACCUCGCCGCGGCCCUGGAGGAGGGCGGCGGCCCCUCGGAGGACGUGGACUCCGGCUUCCAGGCGGCGCUGCGCUGCGCCGAGGCGUCCGGGCGGCUCGCCCUGCAGAGACGAGCCCUCAGGCUGUGGACGGCCUCGCAGCAGAGACGGGGCUCCGCCGGUGCCGCCGAGACGGAGCUGAAGCUGCGGGAGCUGAGCGGUCCAGACGGCGGCGGCGGAGACGAGGACGAGGACGAAGAGGAGGACGAGGAGGACAGCGAGGCUCUGGACAGCGACGUGGUUCUGUCAGACUCAGAUGAAGACCUGGAGGGUUACGACCGGAUGGUGGCGGGCCGGAGGACGGCCGGGAGGUGGAACAAGAGGAACGAGAAGGGCGAGACGUUCCUCCACAGAGCCUGCAUCGACGGGAACCUGAGGCAGGUCCAGUCCCUGCUGGACCAGGGUCACCCCGUCAACCCCAGGGACUACUGUGGCUGGACGCCGCUGCACGAGGCCUGUAACCACGGACACCUGGAGGUCGUUGCGUUGCUGCUGGAUUGCGGCGCCAACAUCAACGACCCUGGCGGCCCGCUGUGUGAAGGAGUCACUCCGCUGCACGACGCCCUCGCCUGCGGAAACCUGAAGGUGGCGCAACUCCUGGUACAGCGAGGGGCCUCCGUCACACUGCGCAACUCCAAGGGCGAGGCGGCCCGGGACACCCUGCUGCAGUGGCAGCGGACCUACAGCCGGGAGCUGGACCAGGAGACCCGUCUGGAGUGCCGGGAGACGGAGCGGCUGCUGAGGAGGGCGGCGUCCGGGGCGGAGCCCGGCGCCGCGGCCCCCGCCGAGCCGUCCGCCGCCCUGCGGGACAGCCAGCUGUUCGAUGCCGAGGACUCGGAGCCCCCCGUCCACCGGGACCGGCCCGGACGCGGCUCUGCCCGGCGGCCCCGCCCACGAGGGACGGCGGCCACCCUGCUGUACGGGGAGGACGGCAGCGACUCAGACGGCGACGACUCGGACCGCUCCCCCAGCCCCCUGCGCCCCGUCCGCCCCAGAGACCCCCCGGCGGCGGCACCGGGCCCGGACGGCGGCGCGGAGACGGCGCGGGACCAGUACCACAGCGCCAUCCGUGGCCUGGGCAGCGCCAAGACGCUCCUCCAGGGCCACGCCCAGCCCCGCCCCCCCCGCACGCCGCCCGCCGCCUCCGGCAGGGCGGCUCUGGUCCCCGAGGACGAGUGUCUGCAGGACGACUGGCUGGAGGACGACCUGCUGGACGGCGUCCCCCGGAAGAAGAGGAGGCUCCAGAGGGAGGAGCCCGGCGCCGCCCCGCCCGCCAGGGGCCAGCGCCAUCACCCAGGUGCUGCAGUGCCGCCCUCCUCCAGCAGGGGGCUCCCUCCCAGCAGGAGCCGCUCCGCCAGGCCUCAGCAGUUGAAGAUGACCCAGAUCCCCGGGACGGUCCGCCUGGGGAGGCGGGAGGUGAGCCGCCCCCACAGCCCCCCGGUGCCCGAGGACCCCCGCCCGGGACCCGGCUCCCCUCCCCCCGCCGUGACGCCCCACCAGCCGUCCCCGCAGUCCUCGGGGGCCCCUCGGUCUCUGGCCCCGCCCAUCAGGAUGAGGGUUCGAGUCCUGGAAGACGUCUUCCUCAUCCCGGUCCCUCAGAGCCGGGCGGACUCGUGCACCGUGUCCUGGCUGUGUGAGCAGGCCGCCCAGCGCUACUACCAGGAGCGAGGCCUGCUGCCCCGCCUGUCGCUGCAGAAGGACGGCGCCCUGCUGUCCCCCCAGGACCUGCUGCUCUCGGUGCUGCACACCAACGAGGAGGUCCUGGCGGAGGUGUGUUCCUGGGACCUGCCUCCUCUCCCUGAGCGCUACAGGAAGGCCUGUCAGAGUCUGGCAGCAGCUGAGGACCGGCGGCUGUCCCGGCUGUGUGAGGCUCAGGACGGCAGUCCGUCGGUGUGGCUGUGUGGCCUCAGCUUGCCCCCCUCGUCCCUCGCUCCUCUGCUCCGGGCUCUGAAGCUCCAGGCCAGCCUGACCGAACUGCGUCUCCAUGGAAACCGCCUCACCGACGCCCUGCUUCCCGAGCUGGUGGCCGCCGCCGUCACCAUGCCACGCCUGCGGCUGCUGGACGUCUCUUCCAACCUGAUCACGGCGGAGGGUCUGGAGAAGGCGGCGGACGCCCUGAAGGCUCAGACUCACCCUGCCUUCCCGUGCCUGGAGGAUCUGGAUCUGGGUCUGAACCCUCUGGGGGACAGAGUCUCCGAGUCUCUGUCCUGUCUGCUGUCCCACUGUCCACUGCUGUCCAGGAUGUCUCUGCAGGCCUGCAGCCUGACGGCCCGAUUCCUGCAGCAGCACCGGAUACUGCUGGCCCACGCUCUGACAGCCUCAGGCCAUCUGAAGUCGUUGAACCUUUCCCACAAUGCACUGGGCUCCGCGGGCUUUGAGCUGCUGCUGAAGACUCUUCCUCUGCGUUGUCUCACACACCUGGACCUGUCUGCUGUCUGCAGGGGGGCCAGCGACUGCCCGGGGGUGGAGCACCUCGCCCAGGCCCUGUCACAGGAGGAAUGUUCUCUGACCCACCUGAGUCUGGCGUCCAACGGACUGACGGACAGCAGCGUGGCCACUCUGUCCAGGUGUCUGCCGUCCUGUCCUCAGCUGGUGAGUCUGGACCUGUCGGGAAACCCCGGCGUGGGCUCAGCAGGACUUCGCAGCGUCCUGGCGUCUGUCCGGGAGACUCGUCCAGCGCUCACACUGCUCAACCUGCAAGGCUGCCCGGUCUCUGGCCCCUGGGACCCUCGGAGUGUGGACGGUCUGUCCCGGCUGGUCCUGGACCUGCGGCUCUGCUCCCAGAGCCUGAACAAGCUGGACCGACGGGCCCUGAAGCAGACCUGGGACCAGGAGGACCCGCACGGGGCCUCGGUGGACAGAGGCACCAAGUUCCUGCUGUGUGUGUCCUCGUCCUGAAGAACCUGGACGGGGACGUGUGUGUGCGUGUGUGCGUGUGUGUGUGUGCGUGCGUGCGUGCGUGUGUGCGUGCGUGCGUGCCCUCUGUGUGUCUAAUAAAGUGAC